AUGGCGGCCGAACAAUUCGACACGUCGUGGAUGUGGAAUUCUGCUUUCCUCGAGAAGGCCACGUCUACCGCCGGCCGGUUCGUACAUUUCCGCAAGACAUUCUCUGUCGAUGCGGAGAUACCGACAUCUCUUCCUAUCCAGAUCACGGCCGAUACACGAUACAAGCUAUACGUUAACAAGCAAUUGGUCGCAUAUGGCCCUGUUAAGGGAGACGCGAGUCUCUGGUUUUACGAUGAGGUCGACAUCAGCCCGUAUUUGCGCCUGGGCGAGAAUAAUGUUGCGAUUCAUGUCCUCCGGCUCUUCCAUGGGACUUCGUACGGUACCAGCUUUCCACGCCUGGGAACAGGUGGUGUAAAGAUUGCGACUACUGUUGAUGAUGAGGUCUGGUCACCUCAGAUUCGAAGCAGCGAGCUUUGGCAAACGGCGAUAGAUCACAGUGUGACUCUUCGCAUCGACGAGGAGGAAGACGACUUUCUUCACGUGUACGAAUUGGUUUCGGCAUCACGCGAUACGCCGUUGGAGUGGAUUUCUGCGGUGCUGCUGCGAUUCCAAAACUCUACAGGCGUCACGGCGCCGUGGAAACUAUUACCCCGUCUCAUUCCGGCGAUGAGGAGCCAAAGGUCUUAUUUCAGCGCUAUUCACAACGUUCAGAGCUGCCUACACCAGGACACUUGGAACGCAGCAUUGACCAACAUCCAAUCCAGAGAUAGUAACAUCAUUCUCCCCGCCCGUUCAAGUCAUCAACUAGACCUCGAGGUUCCCGUUCAUACCACUGCUUUUAUUCGUUUCCGCUUUAUCCGUCCAGAAACUGGAGGUGCUUGCCUUACGAUAACAUACUCUGAAAGCUACGAAGACAAUCCAGUCCUGGUUCCAUAUCUCCGCUGCAAAGGAAACCGAUGCGAUACAAGCAAGUUCCUAAUCGGCCCCAAGGAUAUUUACACUUUUCAAGGAAAAGAAGGGAACCCACGUCUGGGAUACUACAAUGACGAAGACACGGAGGAAGUAUACAUGCCUUUCCACUGGCGCACCUUCCGAUUUAUAAGACUGAAUAUCGAAACUGGAUCUUCAGAUCUGAUUAUGCGCGGCAUCGAUAUGGACGUUGUGAACUACCCUUUGGACGUAUUGGCAAGGAUCAGCACGACCUUAGAUGACGGAACUUUGGGAGCGUUGUAUGACACGAGUGUUCGAACUUUACAAAACUGCAUGCAUGAUUGCUACGAGGACUGCCCUUUUUAUGAACAACUCCAAUACGCCAUGGACACACGCAGCUCUUGCCUCUUCACUUAUCACGUAUCUGGGGAUGAUCGUUUAGCCAGACAGGCGAUCGUGCAGCUUCAUAGCUCCUUUCAGCCCCGUAUCGGACUUACCGCCAGUAGAGCACCAUCGGCUCAAUUGCAGAUCAUCCCUCACUUCUCUCUCUACUGGAUCUGUAUGCUACACGAUCACUUUCUUUAUUAUGCAGACAAGGCGUUUGUUCGGCCUCUCAUGCCUGUCGUUGAUGCUGUGCUGGGAUAUUUCCAUGCACGCAUUGAUGAUAGACUGGAUCUUGUAAGUCUAGGAAAUGAGAAAGGUGUUUGGAACUUUCAUGAUUGGGCGGAGCAGUGGAGGCCUUAUGGUAUUCCUCCAUCAGCAGCCAAUUCCGGUAUUUCGUCAUACACCAACAGCUUAUAUGCGUAUACCCUCAAACUAGCCGCCAAGUUGCAGUUGGAGUGUGCAGGUCGACUGUCUCUUGCAGAUGAGUAUGCUCAUCGAGCUGGACUAAUUGUCGAUGCGGUUAAACAUCACUGUUUUAAUGGUCAAUACUUUACCGACAGUAUUGCCGCUUGCUCAGACACUAAAGCUGACCUUAGCCAACAUAACCAGGUCUGGGCAGUUCUCAGCGGUGCUGUGUGUGGUAGCAGCGCUCAAAUAUUGCUUAGGCGAGCCCUAGGAAGUCCCCAAAGUGGCGCGCCACUUGUCAAGACUUCCAUCUCCAUGUCUUUCUACACACUUCGAGCCAUUAGUGUUGCAGGAGGCUCUUUGUACGACGAGUUGUUUCAUGCUCUUUGGCAGCCAUGGCGUCAACAGCUAUCGUUAGGCUUGACGACCUGGGAAGAGGACGAUGUUUCGCACCGCUCAGACUGCCAUGCUUGGGGAAGCGCUCCUAUCUACGAAUUUUUGGCAGAGGUUGCGGGGAUACGGCCUGCAAAGGCAGGAUGGCAGGAGUUGGAGUUUGCUCCGCGCCUGGGUCUGUAUACCUCUCUCGAAGCGACAGUUCCGUUCUACAGGGAGGGAAAGAUGGUGCUGGCUAAGGUUGGCUGGAGCUCUUUAGAUGGAGAGACGCGAGUCACGUUGGGCAUUGAGGGAUUAGACGAGUCAAUCUCUGUGCAUGUGAAAUUGCCAGGGUGGCCGGGAAUGGUUGAGAAAAGCUCAGAGAGCAUGAGUUUCACUUGGACAAGGUCUUAG